AUGCCAAUAACCCUUGAGUUGGGAAGGACACUCAACAAGACCCCAAAGAAAUUACUUGAGAAGCUGUAUACAUGCUUGCUAGAGAAGAGGUAUCUUGUAGUCCUGGACGGCGACGGAAGUCUUGAACUCUGGGAGAAGAUAAGAUCUGCUUUUCCUGAUAACUGGAACGGAAGCAGAAUAUUAAUCACAACCAACUCGAUAGCCAAUGAGCGUCCACUUUGGUCUGCUCGGUACAAUCUUCCAUUACUUAAUGAAGAAGAAAGCUGGGAGCUCUUCCAUCAGAAGGUGUUCCGAGGAGAAGAAUGUCCUCCUGUCUUGGAAACUCUAGCCAAACAAAUGAUAGAAUAUUGUCGGGGCUUACCCUUUUCAAUUGUGUUAUUAGGGAGCUGUUUGGCAAACACAGAGAAGACAUACGAAGCAUGGUUGGAAGUGCUUGCUGAAAUACAUUCGUCUCUUAAGGAUAAUGCAUGGGAGGGGGAAAAACCAUGGGCUACGAACUUGAGCUAUACCCACCUGCCCCUGCACCUGAAGCCAUGCCUUUUGCAUUUAAAAAAAUACGAGGGUGGUCUUGAAAUCCCCGUGGAAUUUCUAAUUCAAGAAUGGAUCAGUCUGGGACUCAUAGAGCGCAGUGGAGAAAGAAACACGAGGGAUGUUGCUAAAGACUACUUCAAGGAGCUCGUAGAUCGAAGCUUGAUCCAAGUGGUUAGUAGGAGGUCAGAUGGAGAUGCAACGACAUGUAUUAUUCAUGAACUUGUGCGAAAACUAUUCAGAUCCAAGGACGCAACUGAAAGGGCUAAAACUAGUGAAGGAAAAAGCAAAGCUACGAGGAGUAGUUUGGUCUCUGAAUAUCUGCAGAGUUUCGUCCCUGAACAUCUGCACACCAACAUGAGGGCAACCCUACUAAAGCAGCUUAUUGAAGGGAAUUCAAAAUUUGAUGUGAUUUCAAUCACGGGUAUGCGUGGGCUGGGGAAGACCACCCUAGCCAGAGAGAUCUAUAAUAAUGAUGCAAUCAAGAGCCGCUUUAAUUGUAGAGUAUGGAUGAGUGUAUCUCAAAAUUUCAGAACCAGGGAGUUGUUGCUGCAAAUUCGAAAGUGUCAGAUGCCAAAAUCAGAUGACUUGAUAAGGAGCCUCGAAGACAUGAGUAGGGAUGAAUUAAAGAAGAAGCUGUUGGAAUACUUGCGAGGGAAGAGGUACCUAAUAGUCAUGGAUGACGUUUGGAUAACUGAAAUCUGGGAUGAGAUAAGAUCUGCUUUUCCUGAUGACUUUAAUGGAAGUAGGAUAUUAAUCACUAGCCCCAUACAAGAAGUUACUUCACAUACAACUCUUAAUCGCCCCUACUCUCUUCCAUUCAUUAACGAAAGUGAAAGCCGGAAACUCGUUCAGGAGAUGGAAUUGCCAAAAAGAUAUCUUUCACAAUUCCCAAUUGAUCAAGGGAGACAAAUAGCACAAGGUCUUGGCAUACCACUUUCAAUUUUGGUAUUAUGUGGCGUUUUAAAAGGGAAGACUGAUCGAAUAUGGUCAAAAGUGAUUGCCGAUGUAAAUUGGUACCACGCUCAGGCUACAACAUUACGUGAUGACAUUCUGGACAUAAGCUACACCCACCUGCCGCGAAACUUGAAAUCAUGCUUUAUGUAUUUAGGUGCGUACCCGAAAGACUUUGAAAUCCCUGCAAGGCAACUGAUCCAAUUAUGGAUAGCAGAGGGACUCAUAAAUUGUGGUGGCAAUGAAGACAUUGAGUACGUUGCUGAAAAGUACUUGAAGGAGCUCAUUCACCGAAACUUGAUCCAAGUGGUUGAGAGGAGGUCAGAUGGAGGUGCGAAGACAUGUCACGUCCACGACCUUCUGCGAGACCUCUGCAUAUCAAAGGGUGCGGAAGAGAAGUUUUUUGACGUACCUAGAAAUGUCAAUCUUCAUCAUGGAAAAAUUCUCGCAGGCUUUCCAUUCAGGGUAGCACUCUUGAUCUAUACAUGUCUUCAAACACCCCCGGCCCCUCAAUUGCUCGUUCUUUGUUGUUCUUCGAAGAAGAUACAUAUGGUAGCUUUGAUCGAAACCACUGGAAAUGGGUCCAGGAAAACUUCAACUUGCUACGGGUGCUUAACUUCGGCAAUCUAUAUGUCUACUCCAUUCACGUGGAUCAAACGAUUGAUCCAUUUGAGGUACUUACGUGUGCAGUCAGAUGCACUGAAAGUUCUUCCAGCUUCCAUUGGCAACCUUACGAACCUAGAAACGCUCGAUCUGAGAGGUACUUUUUUUAAUUGUUUGCCAAACGGGAUAUGGAAGCUGCGACAUUUAAGGAAUCUCUAUAUGUCUGGGCCAGUGAGUUUACCGAACCAGUCGGACACAGAAAUUAAAGCUCUUUCAAAUCUCCAAGUCCUCUCCACCGUAUCACUUGACGCACAAACUGCUUGACCCAUUGUCGAGGCUAAGCUCCCUAAUGUAAGGAAAUUAGGAAUAUGGUUUGCAUCAAACGAGAGCAACAGCGAAGCAGGACAUGCUUUGGCCAGCGUCCAACAUUUACACCGCCUUGGAAAGUUGAAAAUUAUAAAUUGUUCAGAGAUUCUUAGUCUGCCGAAUUCAUUUCCAGAGACAAUCACAAAGAUAACCUUGCGACAAGU